AUGCUCGGCUCGCCCGUGGACGCCGAGCCGCCGCUGAUUCCCGAGUCACAGCUGUUCAUGUCCGGCUCGGGCGGCGGAGUAGUCGGCAACGGCGGCAACUCUACGACCAUUCUCGACGGCGGCUGGAAGUCACAGCACUCGACGCUCGAGUUUGGCCACCUCAAUCAGCUGCAGCAGCACCAACAACAACAACAGCAACAUCAACAGCAACUGCAGCACAGCGCUGCGGCGCAGAACUCGACGAUGCUCUCGACGCUCGAUUCGACGACAAACGUCUCCAAUGCGACGACCACCACCUCGGUUCAUGCGGGUAACAUGGCGCCCAUCUACGAGUCGACCUGUCUCAUGCGAACUGCCUCAGGAUCGCUGUACAUCCCAAGUGAUAACAAAGGAGCUUUCCUCGCCCCAAAGCCAAUGCAGUCAAUAAACGAGUUCACCAUUGGUGGAACACUGAAGAAGCCUGACCGAAGUGAAUCACAAUUGAAGGUAGCUCCCAAAGUAUUGAACAAUAGCAGCAGCAGCAACUCUCGCAGUGUUCGCAGCAAGCCAACUGUUUCGGUCGCAGACUCUCAGACGCUAAACUACCAAGUGCUCAAUGACAUCUACACUACUGACUCUUUGCAUGUACUCAAUUCUGUUAACAAUAUUGAUGAUGAGUUUGUGAUUAACCUUUUGAAAGAAAAAGCUAACCCAGUGGAUCCUGUCAGUCUAAGUCAAGCCACAUCAAGUCAUCAUCAUGUGCCAUCAUCUGCCUCCGGCUCUGCGGCACCUUUCACCAACAUUCAGCAAAUCGGCCGAACGUACUCGCAACGAGUUUCGGGCCAGGGCUACUGGCACCUUCGGUACCACCAGGCGGAGGCAGGUCUGGUCAAGUUCAACGUCAGCUUCCCCUCGGCAGUUGCCGUCGCAUCGGCGCCCGUUCUCGCCAUCUACGGCAACCAAGACAAACUGGCCACCCACACUCGAUACGACUUUGUGGAGUUUGUCGGUCGAGUGGCAGUGGCCACUGGCGGACCACGGUCCAAACGGGCGAAUGAUGUUCCCUACCUGGGUGGACAUCACAUGAAGGUGACCAGCAUUCAGAAGGAGUUCACCAAGUACCUCGACUCGGGUGUUUGGUUCUUCACCUUCUUCAACGAUGCGCCCUCUCAUGUGGACAUUUCCCUGGAUCUGACCAUGGCCGCCGAAGAGCUCUGUCCCUUCAACUGUCGUGGUCAUGGCGUCUGCAUUGCCGGUCAGUGCAAGUGCGACACCGGCUACAAUGGAGAAAGUUGUGAUCUCAUGACCUGUCCGGUGCUGUGCUCAGGUCGGGGGCAGUAUCUGAACGGCGAAUGCGUGUGCAACUCAGGGUGGAAGGGCAAGGAGUGCAACCUGCGCGAUGAUGAAUGCGAGAUUGCCAACUGCAACGGCCACGGAGACUGCGUCGACGGAAGCUGCCACUGCUUUCCCGGCUACAAGGGCGAACACUGCGAACACGUGGACUGUCUGGACCCGAAGUGCUCGGGACACGGGCACUGCAUGUCUGGGGUUUGCAUGUGCGGCAAGGGAUGGAAGGGCGCUGAUUGUUCGGAGCCGGACACCGAGGCGAUGCACUGUCUGCCCGAUUGCUCUGGCCACGGCAACUUUGACCUGCAGCUGCAGCAGUGCAUCUGCGAUGAACGAUGGACUGGCUCUGACUGUUCUCAAGAACGUUGCGAUCUGGACUGCGGCACAAACGGACACUGUGAAGGUGGCGAGUGCAUCUGCGACGAGGGCUGGAGUGGCCAGAAGUGCAUGACUCGCCUCUGUGAUCCUCGCUGUUUGGAGCACGGUCAGUGCCAGAAUGGAACCUGUCUCUGCACGAAGGGCUGGAAUGGACGACACUGCUCACUUGAGGGUUGUGCAAACGGAUGCAGCGGUCACGGAGAAUGCAAUCGCCAGGCAGGCGAGCUGAGUGACCAAGAGGAGUGGGCUUGCACUUGCGAGAAUGGCUUCUCUGGUCUCGACUGUAGCGUUCAGCUCGAGUCAAACUGCGGUGAUAACAUCGACAAUGACAAAGAUGGACUCGUCGACUGCGCCGACCCCGAAUGCUGUCAGAGUAAAGAAUGCGAGGGCAAGCAGCUUUGCUUCAGUGCAUCCGAUCCGCAGGACAUCCUGCUGCGCAAGCAGCCACCUGCAAUGACCGCCUCAUUCUACCAGCGAAUGCAGUUUCUCAUUGAGGAAGAAUCCACUCAGAGCUACGCUGAAAAGUUUGCGUUCAACGACAGCCGUGCCUCGGUGAUUCGUGGACAGAUAUCUGACUUGGGUGGUCAGGGAAUAAUCGGCGUCCGCGUUGGUGUUUCCACCGACCCUACGCUAGGCUUUACACUGACCAGAGAAAAUGGCUGGUUUGAUCUGCUAGUCAACGGCGGAGGCUCCAUCACACUGCACCUCACCCGAGACCCCUUUAAACCAGUGCAAAAAGUCGUCUACGUUCCGGUCAAUGAGAUCGUCGUUCUGGACAAGAUUGUUCUCACCCUGGACGGACAAUCAGCUGAGCAGCUACUUCACGCGAUGGACAGUAAAAAGUCCAGUCUCUGCGUUGAUCACGACUACGAGAAGAUGCGACCGAUAAUAGUGGCCAAUUGGAAGCAGCAGUUCCAGAAUGGUCACUCGGCAGACAAGUCAGCCAUCCUCGCCGAAUCGCAGAUUGUGCAGGAGGCGGUGCGCAUUCCCGGAACAGGCAUCAACCUGGUUUAUCACUCCUCUCGCUCUGCGGGCUUCCUCUCCACAAUUGAGCUGCAGCUGACACCGGAGAAGAUUGAGCCAUCACUGCGACUGGUUCACCUGAAGAUCGCCGUCGAAGGCAUCCUUUACGAGCGAACCUUUGAAGCUGAUCCGAACAUUCUCUUCACGUACGCCUGGAACCGUCGCAACGUCUACCGGCAGAAGGUGUACGGCCUGGCGAAUGCCGUCAUUCGAGUGGGCUACCAGUACGUCAACUGCGCAGGCACUAUUUGGGACGUGCAAACCGUGCAGCUGGCCGGCCAUGAUAUGCCCAUCUCCGAGAUUGGCGGCUGGAAUCUGGACGUCCACCACCGGUACAACUUCCACGAGGGCAUUCUGCAGAAGGGCGACGGUAACAAUGCCUUCCUCAAGCAGAAAGCCAAGCUGCUGACCACCAGCAUUGGCGACGGACAACAGCGACCACUGCACUGUCCCUACUGCAAUGGAGUGGCCAAGGACCAGCGCCUGCUGGCGCCUGUGGCCCUUGCUUCCGGUCCUGAUGGCAGCCUCUACAUUGGCGACUUCAAUUUGGUCCGCCGACUGAAGCCGGAUGGCUCCAUUUUCACCGUGAUUGAGCUCAGUGAGUCAUCAGUGGCGUACAAGUACCACCUCACCGUGGGCCCAGUGGACGGCAAGCUGUACUUCAGUGAUCCGGAGAAGCAUCAAAUCCUGCGAGCAAUCGUUCUGGAAGCGAAUGCUGACACACGGAACAACCUCGAGGUUUUUGUGGGCACUGGUGUAAAGUGCCUGCCCGGGGAUCGAACUGUCUGUGGUGAUGGCCGCUCUGCUCGUGACGCCAAGCUCUCCUAUCCGAAGGGCAUCGCCAUUGCCCCCACCGGUGAGCUGUACAUUGCCGAUGGAACAAACAUUCGCAUGGUGGACACUUUUGGGGUGAUUCACACGCUCAUCGGUGAUCACUUCCACAAGUCACACUGGAAGCCCAUUCCCUGCGCCGGCUCUACGCCCAUCAGCAAGCUGACGCUUCGCUGGCCCACACAGCUGACCAUUUCUCCACUGGACCAAACACUGCACAUUCUCGACGACCACAUGGUGCUGAAGUCACACUGGAAGCCCAUUCCCUGCGCCGGCUCUACGCCCAUCAGCAAGCUGACGCUCCGAUGGCCCACCCAGUUGACCAUCUCUCCACUGGACCAAACACUGCACAUUCUUGACGACCACAUGGUGCUGAAGGUGACCACUGACAAACGAGUGGUCAUCGUCGCCGGCCGACCCUCUCACUGUCCCUCCAAUGGCCACCAACACCGACACGCCAAUGACGCCAGCGAGGAUAAGAAGGAGGUGAUCGACUCGAAGGAUCCACUGGCAACGCAAGUUUUCCUCGAGACACCGCAGUCCAUUGCCUUUGGCCCGAAUGGCGACCUGUACAUUGCCGAGAGCGACUCUCAGAAUACCAACCGAGUGCGCAUCGUCUCAGUGGAUCAGAGAAUAUCGCGCUUUGCCGGUGCCGACAUCAACUGCUCCUGCAUGGACAUCGCCUGUCAGUGCUUUUCCCCGGAUGACCUGCUGGCGGUGAACGCCCGUCUCUCUACCAUCUCCUCGGUGACGGUCACCCCGGAUGGCCGCGUGCACAUCAGCGACCAGGAGAACCUGCGAGUGCGCACCGUCUACUCGCCACUGCCGCCGCAAAACGCCGCCACCGGCGAGUACGAGAUCGUCUGGCCGGAGACGAGUGAGGUUUACGUCUUCAACCGCUACGGCCAGCACAUCAUGACCAAGUCGGCGCUGACGGGCAGUCUGCUGUACACCUUCGCCUACAAUGUGAACACCAUCAACGGACGCAUCAGCUCGGUGACGGACGCCGCCGGCAAUAAGAUCUACGUCCUGCGCGACUACACCAAUCAGGUGAAGAGCAUCGAGAACUCGCAGGGUGACAAGUGCCGCCUGUCGAUGACGAGGAACGCUGGUCUACUGGCCUCAUUCACUACGCCAGCCAACUAUGCCGUCAAGUUCAGCUACAACGGCGAGGCGCUGCUCACCGCCCGAACCGAUUCCUGGGGACAGUCGGUACUGUACAAAUAUGACGAGUACGGCAGGGUGAUCCAGUCGGUGCUGCCCACCGGAGAUGUCCUGGCACUGGCCAGUCGACUCGCUUUUGACGGCACCAAGCGGAUGACGGUGACCUACAAUGACCGCAGUCUGAUGCGACUCGAUGUGAGCGACAAGGAGAUCACCAAGUACAUCGCCACCGGAGAGUCCUCCUCAUCGUCAGAGGUGUUAACCCUCGAGCGACUCGGCCUGGUCACGCCCUCACUGAAGGGCUCACAGCGCAAGUUGGCCAUUCGACGACGUGACACGAGCCACCUCGAGGUGGAGUCGCUCAGCUCACCUGUGAUUGCCGACUCCUGGGCGAAGAUGAGCGAACUGUGGCCGCUGCCCUCGUCGAUGCGCAUCAUCUACAACAAUGAAAACAUCCGUCGCGUCGAGUACCGGUACUACGUGAAAAAGCGCAACUCUUCUGGUGGAAAGACCGCAGAGGAGGCGGCGAAGAAGAAGCCGACGCAGAGCUCAAUCGGCCGCAAACUGAAGCUGAACGGCAACUCCAUCUUCUCGAUAGAGUUCGACAAAGAGGCCCGACAGCAGACGCUUUUUGACCACUCCAAUCGCCCGAUUCUGCACACCGUCUACGACAGCUCCGGCCGACCGAUCAAGUUCAUCUCCAACUUCAACCAGACGGCAGUGGCCCUCGACUACGACCGCUUCGGCCGCCUGCACACCUGGACGCGCGGUGUCCUCUCGCUGACGCUCGACUACGACAUCAAGGGCCGUGUGACGCAGGUGAAGCACGGUGAGUCAGUCAGCGGCACCGUCUUCAAGUACGCCGACACCACACUGGGCCCGACUGAGAUUGUCAAGCCCAGCGGCAGUCGGUACCUGCUGCAGUACGACGGCAGCGGCGGCUUGACCGCCGUCAUGACGCCCACCGGCCAGCGACACGAGCUCUACCGCCAGGUCUCGCUCGGUUUCAACAAGCUGCUCUUCCUGCCGGCCGGCUUCCACCAUCCCUUCACGGUGCUCUAUGACGAGUGGGGCCGAGUGGUGAGUCGGUUGCUGCCGAACAACAGCGGCCGCAAG